CAUCCAUGAAAAUGAAAAACAAGGGGGGGGUUGAUAUCGAUGGGACGCAUAACCGGAUAUGCUAAAAUGAAAAUAUGAAAAAAAAAAAGCUAAUGAGAUCGAAAUAAUGAAUCAUAAAUAGAGUUCCAUUUCGGAAUUGGCUAGAUAAAACAAAGUCUUGCCUAUUAUGACAAAUAAAUCAAAGACUUUCCACAAAAAUUUUUUUUAUUCAUAUAUUUUUUAUUUUAAAACUAGGUUUUGGUUAGUUGAGCUUGAAAACGACUAUUCCUUCAUUGAAAUUUAAUUAAGUAAAAAAUUGAAUUGCAUAUUCGCUUGGGUGGUACCAAUGAAAUCGAGUGCUUACUCCCAUUUAUUAUUGAAUUAACCAAUGAAUUUACUAUACGAAGAUUUUUUCUGUAUUCGAAAAAUUUCGCAACAAAAUUGAACAUAUUUUUUAUUAUGAGAAUAAAUCCUACUACUUCGGAUCCAGCGGUUUCAAUACGUGAAAAAAACAACCUGGGACGUAUUGCCCAAAUCAUUGGUCCGGUACUGGAUGUAGCCUUUCCCCCGGGCAAGAUGCCUAAUAUUUACAAUGCUCUGGUGGUUAAGGGUCGAGAUACGCUUGGUCAAGAAAUUAAUGUGACUUGUGAAGUACAGCAAUUAUUAGGAAACAACCGAGUUAGAGCUGUAGCUAUGAGCGCGACCGAGGGUUUAAAGAGAGGGAUGGACGUGGUUGAUAUGGGAAAUCCUCUAAGUGUUCCAGUCGGCGGAGCGACUCUAGGACGAAUUUUCAAUGUACUUGGGGAACCUGUUGAUAAUUUAGGUCCUGUCGAUACUCUCACAACAUCUCCUAUCCAUAAAUCCGCGCCUGCUUUUAUAGACUUAGAUACAACCUUAUCUAUUUUUGAAACAGGAAUUAAAGUAGUAGAUCUUUUGGCCCCUUAUCGUCGUGGGGGAAAAAUCGGACUAUUCGGUGGGGCUGGCGUGGGUAAAACAGUACUAAUUAUGGAAUUGAUCAACAACAUUGCCAAAGCUCAUGGUGGUGUAUCCGUAUUUGGUGGAGUAGGCGAACGAACUCGUGAAGGAAAUGAUCUUUACAUGGAAAUGAAAGAAUCUGGAGUCAUUAAUGAACUAAACCUUGCGGACUCCAAAGUAGCCCUAGUCUACGGUCAGAUGAAUGAACCGCCGGGAGCUCGUAUGAGAGUUGGUCUGACUGCCUUAACUAUGGCAGAAUAUUUCCGAGAUGUUAAUGAGCAAGACGUACUUCUAUUUAUCGACAAUAUCUUCCGUUUUGUACAAGCAGGAUCCGAGGUAUCCGCUUUAUUGGGUAGAAUGCCUUCUGCUGUGGGUUACCAACCCACCCUUAGUACCGAAAUGGGUUCUUUACAAGAAAGAAUUACUUCUACGAAAAAAGGGUCCAUAACCUCUAUUCAAGCAGUUUAUGUACCUGCAGACGAUUUGACUGACCCUGCUCCUGCCACCACAUUUGCACAUUUAGAUGCGACUACCGUACUAUCAAGAGGAUUAGCUGCUAAAGGUAUCUAUCCAGCGGUAGAUCCUUUAGAUUCAACGUCAACUAUGCUACAACCUCGAAUCGUUGGCGAGGAACAUUAUGAAACUGCGCAACAAGUAAAGCAAACUUUACAACGUUACAAGGAGCUUCAGGACAUUAUAGCUAUCCUGGGGUUGGACGAAUUAUCCGAAGAGGAUCGCUUAACCGUCGCAAGAGCACGAAAGAUUGAGCGUUUCUUAUCACAACCUUUUUUCGUAGCAGAAGUAUUUACAGGUUCUCCGGGAAAAUAUGUUGGGCUAGCGGAAACAAUUAGAGGGUUUAAUUUGAUCCUUUCCGGAGAAUUUGAUUCUCUUCCUGAACAGGCCUUUUACUUAGUGGGUAACAUCGAUGAAGCUACUGCGAAGGCUACGAACUUAGAAAUGGAGAAAGUAAAAGAAAUCAUUUUAUCUACUAAUAGUGGACAAAUUGGCGUAUUACCAAAUCACGCGCCGAUUGCCACAGCUGUUGAUAUAGGUAUUUUGAAAAUACGCCUUAAUAACCAAUGGUUAACAAUGGCUCUGAUGGGCGGUUUUGCUAGAAUAGGCAAUAAUGAAAUUACUAUUUUAGUAAAUGAUGCAGAGAAGAAUAGUGACAUUGAUCCACAAGAAGCUCAGCAAACUCUUGAAAUAGCAGAGGCGAACUUGAGAAAAGCUGAAGGCAAGAGACAAACAAUUGAGGCAAAUCUAGCUCUCAGACGAGCUCGGACACGCGUCGAGGCUCUCAAUACGAUUUGAUUUUGUAACUAGCUGACGUAUAAAAAAAUAGGAUCCAAAAGCGA